UCCUACCCGAGUUAGUUGCUCUACUAGCCGGCCAUCAAGUGGCUAGAUAGAGAAAUGCAGGGGUGUGCACGCGUGUGUGUGGAAAGUAUCUUAUCUGGGAUGCUGUCUUCCUCGCGCACCCCUCUCUCGCUCGCGCGCUCGGAGAGCCGCUCGCUUUCCAACCGUCGCCAGGAGUGGUAGGCUCCAAUUUGACAACAGCAGCGCUUGCUUUCUAAAGAAAGCUUAGCUCUCACUUUUCAGUCUGUCUCAUUACCGCUCUCAUUGUUUCUUUCGACAGCGAGAAACGGAGCAGUUCACUUGGAGUCUAUUUGGAAUAAGAAAGCAUUGCUGUUUUCUGACUGGAGAGAAGGAAGAUAAGACUCCUCUGGAUUUCCUAAGGAAUUGUAUCUGAACGCCUUGUUACCGAGGCUUUUGAAUUCAUCAGCUGGGGUAUAUAAUGUGACCAACUGUUCCACAAUAGGGAAAUUCCGAGGAGUUCAGAUUCUUUCAUUCCUUCUGGUCCGAGGCAGCAUUGGUAUCAAGUGUUCCUAACAGGUGGGGGCAUAGGGGGUAUUGGUCAUACUGGUGUUGUUGGCGAGGACGAAGCUUGGGCAUCGGGCAGAAUGUUGCCACCUGCAUGAGUGGAACAGAGGAGCCUCAGUUCUGGUUCUCUUUCCUGAGACGACAACCACAGGAUGAGGCUUGAGAGGAGGUCUCAGGAGAGAGAAUGUUCCAUGACUUUCACACCUUCAACCUCAAGCUCUUGAAUCAUUGGGACAGUUGCUUGGGUGCUUGAAGGCUGUGAAUAUCCUGCAUCUGAGAAAUCAGACCACUGAGGCUGCCAAAGCAUGCUGGUGCCAAGCUGUCCCAUGAUGCACAUAGCCAGACCCGUGCUGCUCGUCCUGGGUCUUCUCCUCCUCCUCGCCAACGCUGAAACACCACCAAAGUUUUUAAGAACCCCCAAUGACCAAACUGGCGUGCAAGGAGGCGUGGCGUCCUUCAUUUGCCAAGCGACGGGAGACCCACGCCCCAAGAUCGUUUGGAACAAGAAGGGGAAGAAAGUCAGCAACCAGAGAUUUGAGGUAGUGAUUGAGUUCGAUGACGGCUCUGGCUCGGUGUUGAGAAUUCAGCCCUUGCGUACGCCCCGAGACGAAGCCAUAUACGAGUGCGUCGCCUCCAACACUGUUGGAGAGCUGAGUGCAACUACGAGACUCACUGUUUUACGUGAGGACCAACUGCCUGCUGGUUUCCCCACCAUUGACAUGGGCCCCCAGUUGAAAGUGGUAGAGCGAACUCGCACGGCCACCAUGCUCUGUGCCGCCAGCGGCAACCCUGACCCAGAUAUCUCCUGGUUCAAAGAUUUCCUGCCCGUCAACACCACCAACAACAAUGGACGCAUCAAGCAGCUCAGAUCAGAAUCCUUUGGUGGUACACCAAUAAGAGGGGCCCUCCAGAUUGAGCAGAGCGAAGAGUCCGACCAGGGGAAGUACGAGUGCGUCGCCACUAACAACGAUGGAACCCGCUAUUCUGCCCCCGCCAAUCUAUACGUUAGAGAGCUGCGAGAAGUGCGCCGGGUACCCCCGCGGUUCUCCAUCCCGCCCACGGACAACGAGAUCAUGCCUGGAGGCAGUGUCAACAUCACCUGUGUGGCGGUGGGCUCCCCUAUGCCCUACGUCAAAUGGAUGCUGGGAGCCGAAGACCUGACGCCCGAGGACGACAUGCCCAUUGGACGAAACGUUUUGGAGCUCACUGACGUCCGCCAGUCGAACAACUAUACCUGCGUGGCCAUGUCCACUCUGGGGGUCAUCGAGGCGGUGGCGCAGAUCACGGUGAAAGCAUUACCCAAGCCUCCCGGCGUUCCCGUGGUGACGGAGCGCACGGCCACGAGCAUCACGCUGACGUGGGACUCAGGCAACCCUGAGCCUGUCUCCUACUACAUCAUCCAGCACAAGUCCAAGUUCUCAGAGGACACAUACAAGGAGAUCGACGGCGUGGCCACCACUCGCUACAGCGUGGGCGGCCUCAGUCCUUACUCGGACUACGUGUUCCGGGUGCUGGCGGUGAACAACAUCGGGCGUGGGCCGCCCAGCGAGGACAUCGAGGCCAAGACGGCUGAGCAAGCGCCCAGCACUGCGCCCAGGCAGGUCAGGGGUCGUAUGCUCAGCGCCACCACGGCUAUUAUCCACUGGGACGAACCAGAGGAGGCCAACGGGCAAAUUAUGGGCUACCGUGUCUACUACACCAUGGACUCUGCCCAGCAAGUCAACACAUGGGAGAAGCAGAUAGUGCGUGGAUCAAACUUCCUCACCAUUCAAGGCCUCAUCCCCAACAAGACCUAUUACAUUAAGGUCCUGGCCUACACGUCCGUGGGUGAUGGACCUCUUUCUGCAGAUCUCCAGAUCAUAGCCAAGACGGGAGUCCCUUCUCAACCGACCGACUUCAAAGGGGAAGCCAAAUCUGAAACAAGUAUACUGCUAUCGUGGAUAGCCCCAGCACAGACCGGACAAGACAAUCAAAUCAUGGGAUAUGAACUUCUCUACAAGAAGGGGGAUGACAAGGAGGAGAAACGCAUCAGCUUUGAGCCUACCACCACGUACCUGCUGAAGGACUUGAAGCCCUUCACUACUUAUACUUUCCAGCUAGCCGCGCGCAGUAAGCACGGUAUCGGGGCCUACACCAAUGAGAUCUCCGCAGAAACCCCUCAAACACAGCCCUCAGCUCCACCUCAGGAUAUCAAGUGCUCUAGCCCCAGCUCCACCAAUAUCCUGGUAAGUUGGCGGCCACCUCCUACGGAGUUACAGAAUGGGAUCAUAGUUAAGUAUGCCGUCCAAUACGCCGCCACUGAAGGGGAGGACACCACCACCCGAAAAAUAUCCGACAUCCCUCCAGAAAGCUCCCAGUACCUCUUGGAAAACUUGGAAAAAUGGACGGAAUACCGUGUGACAGUGACUGCUCACACAGAUGUGGGUGAAGGACCUGAAAGCUUACCGCAACUCAUCCGCACCGAGGAGGAUGUUCCCAGCGGCCCGCCUCGUAAAGUCGAGGUGGAGACUGUCAACUCCACGUCAAUAAAAGUAAUCUGGCGCUCGCCGAUGCCCACCAAGCAGCACGGGCAGAUCCGAGGGUACCAGGUGCACUAUGUCAGGAUGGUUAAUGGGGAGCCCAUGGGACAGCCAGCCAUCAAGGACAUCUUGAUUGACGAUGCGCAGUGGGAAUAUGAUGAUUCAACUGAACAUGAAAUGGUCAUCACAGAGCUGCAGGCUGAGACUAUGUACUCAGUUGCCGUGGCAGCCUACACGACAAAGGGAGACGGAGCUCGCAGCAAGGCCAAGCUGAUCACCACCACUGGCGCAGUACCUGAAAAACCACGACUCAUGGUCAGCCCCACCAGUAUGGGCACUGCCCUUCUCCAAUGGCACCCCCCGGCUUUAACCCACGGCCCCCUGCAGGGCUACCGCCUCCGCUUCGGCCGCAAAGAUGUCGACCCUCUGACCAUCAUUGAGUUCCCAGAGCGUGAGAACCACUACACCACCAAAGAGAUCCACAAGGGGGCAUCAUACACCUUCCGCUUGUCCGCCCGUAACAAGGUGGGCUUCGGCGAGGAGACGGUCAAAGAAAUCAGCACCCCUGAAGAUAUGCCUAGCGGCUUCCCACAAAGCAUUGUAGCCGAGGGCGGCACUACCACCACCAUUCAGGUGAGCUGGAAUCCACUGUUACUGGCGGAGCGCAACGGCGUUAUCGUGAAGUAUGCCCUGCAGUACAAGGACAUCAACAGCCCUCGGAGCCCCUCGGAACUCUUCAUCACCGCCCCGGAGUCCACUGUCACCCUUGACAGCCUCAAGGCAGACACCACUUACGAUAUCAAAAUGUGUGCCUUCACCAGCAAAGGCUCCGGUCCCUAUAGCCCCAGUGUCCAGUUCAGGACACAGCCCUUGGAUCAAGCAGUGUUUGCAAAAAAUUUUCAUGUGAAAGCUGCCAUGAAGACAGCUGUGCUCCUCACCUGGGAGAUCCCAGACAACUAUAAUGCAGCUCAGCCCUUCACAAUCCUUUAUGAUGACGGCCAGAGCGUGGAGGUGGACGGCAAGCUCACUCAGAAGCUGAUCACGGGUCUGCAGCCCGAGACACAGUACUCUUUCCUGCUAACCAACCGGGGCAACAGCGCUGGCGGUCUCCAGCACCGCGUCUCCACCAUGACCGCCCCUGACAUCCUGCGCACCAAGCCCUACCUGAUUGGCAAGACCAACUUGGACGGCAAAGUCACUGUAGAGCUACCCUCAGUCCAGACUUCGGAGAAAGUCAGGGGAUACUACAUAGUGGUGGUGCCUCUGAAGAAACAGCGCACAGGAAAGUUCCACAAACCCUGGGACAGUCCAGAUGAGAUGAACCUAGAAGAGCUGCUGAAAGAGAUUAACCGAACAAGCCGAGGCCUUCGCUUCCGGAGGCAAGCUGAGCCCAAAGCCUACAUCGCUGCCUACUUCAAAGACCUUCCCACCGACUUCACUCUGGGAGACACCAAGAUCUAUGGUGACUUUGAAAACAAGCAGCUUGCCAACGGCCAAGAGUACAUCUUCUUUGUGCUUGCUCUCCUCGAUAUCUCUGAAAAUACCAUGUAUGCCACAAGCCCCUACUCUGACCCUCUUGUGUCAGCUGACCUCGACCCCCAGCCAAUCAUUGACGAGGAGGAGGGACUUAUCUGGGUGGUGGGCCCAGUACUCGCUGUUGUCUUCAUCAUCUGCAUCGUCAUCGCCAUCCUCCUGUACAAGAGCAGCAAACCAGACAGGAAAAGGGCAGAGUCCGAAGCUAGAAAGGGAAGUCUGCCCAACAGUAAGGAGAUGCUGUCUCAUAACCCCACCGACCCUGUGGAGCUUCGACGCAUGAACUUCCAAACGCCUGGUUCAGGUGACCCUAGUUACCCCAGUAACUUCCAUUUGUCAAGCAUGGCCAACCACCCACCAAUCCCCAUUUUGGACCUGGCCGAUCAUCUGGAGCGAUUGAAAGCCAAUGACAACCUGAAGUUUUCACAAGAAUACGAGUCCAUCGACCCCGGGCAGCAGUUCACGUGGGAACACUCCAACCUGGAAGUCAACAAACCAAAGAACAGAUAUGCUAACGUGAUAGCAUAUGACCACUCCAGAGUCCUGCUAUCAGCUAUUGACGGUAUCCCUGGAAGUGAUUACAUCAACUCCAACUACAUUGACGGCUACAGGAAGCAGAAUGCGUACAUUGCCACGCAGGGCUCGCUGCCUGAGACGUUUGGCGACUUCUGGAGGAUGAUCUGGGAACAGCGGAGUGCCAACAUCGUCAUGAUGACCAAGCUGGAGGAGAGAUCCAGGGUGAAAUGUGACCAGUACUGGCCCACUAGAGGGACGGAGACAUACGGCCUCAUCCAGGUGACACUGUUGGACACGGUGGAGCUGGCCACAUACUGCGUCAGGACAUUUGCGCUUUAUAAAAAUGGCUCCAGUGAGAAAAGAGAGGUGAGGCAGUUCCAGUUCACGGCCUGGCCGGACCACGGGGUACCCGAGCACCCCACUCCGUUCCUGGCCUUCCUCAGACGGGUCAAAGCCUGUAACCCCCCAGACGCAGGGCCGAUGGUGGUACAUUGCAGUGCCGGGGUGGGCCGCACGGGCUGUUUCAUCGUGAUCGACGCUAUGCUGGAGCGCAUCAAGCACGAGAAGACAGUGGACAUCUACGGCCACGUGACGCUGAUGCGCGCCCAGCGGAACUACAUGGUGCAGACGGAGGACCAGUACGUGUUCAUCCACGACGCGCUCCAGGAAGCCGUCACAUGCGGCACCACCGAAGUGCCCGCCCGAAACCUCUAUGCCUACAUCCAGAAGCUGACUGGGAUCGAGGGCGGAGAGAACGUCACGGGCAUGGAGCUGGAGUUCAAGCGUUUAGCCAACACUAAAGCCCAUACCUCGCGAUUCAUCAGUGCCAAUCUCCCCUGCAACAAGUUCAAGAACCGCCUUGUGAACAUAAUGCCAUACGAGUCCACGCGAGUGUGUCUUCAGCCAAUCCGAGGGGUGGAGGGCUCCGACUACAUCAAUGCCAGUUUCAUUGAUGGAUACAGGCAACAGAAAGCCUAUAUUGCCACGCAAGGGCCGCUAGCGGAGACGACAGAGGACUUCUGGAGGAUGCUCUGGGAGCAUAACUCCACCAUCGUAGUCAUGCUAACGAAGCUCAGAGAAAUGGGCAGGGAAAAAUGCCACCAGUAUUGGCCAGCAGAGAGGUCGGCCAGAUACCAGUACUUUGUGGUGGACCCCAUGGCUGAGUACAACAUGCCCCAGUACAUCCUGAGAGAGUUCAAAGUGACUGACGCCAGGGACGGACAGUCACGGACGGUAAGGCAGUUUCAGUUUACAGACUGGCCCGAGCAAGGAGUGCCAAAAUCGGGAGAGGGCUUCAUCGAUUUCAUUGGCCAAGUUCAUAAAACAAAAGAACAGUUUGGCCAAGAUGGGCCUAUAUCAGUCCAUUGUAGUGCGGGUGUGGGUAGGACCGGUGUCUUCAUCACCCUCAGCAUCGUAUUAGAGCGGAUGAGGUACGAGGGCGUGGUGGAUAUCUUCCAAACAGUGAAAAUGCUCCGGACACAGAGACCAGCCAUGGUGCAGACAGAGGAUCAAUACCAGUUCUGUUACAGAGCUGGCUUGGAAUACCUUGGAAGCUUUGACCACUAUGCAACGUAAGAGUCCCUGUCCCGGAGGAAAAGCAGAAGGCCCUUGGACAACCCCAGCGAGCCUCUCUUCUGAGCCAUAAUUUCCUGCUUGAGAAAGUACUUCUUAACUCCUAACUAAAGACUCAAUUUAGGCCUAGAUUCAAUCAGAUCAAGUGUUAACCGGCGAUAGCAGACACCCGCAUCGCAGAUGUUUUGGCGGUGUCGGAGGUGGAACUGCGUUGGAGCAGUCAAAUUGGUGAGCAGCUGCUCUUGUGAUCAUUGUCACGAAGCCACACCCACCCCACUUGCAUUAGAAGUUCAGAGCGAGAAAGUGUAGGCUAUAUAUAAAUAAUUACACUCAAAUAGAAAAAUCAGUAAAGUAAAUAAUGAGGGUUUCUAUCAUCAUAAUGGUGUAGAUUCCAUCUCACAUUCCAGUGUUCCAACUUGUAAACAAGGCUGCAUUGGAAUUCUGUUAAUGCGACUCCAUGCAGCCCAUGGCAAUGCCCACUUUAGGUAUAAUGCCAGGAGCCACUUGUGGAUUUGACAGCUCUAAUGCAUUUCCACCUCCAACACCGUCAAAACAACCACUACACGGAUGUCGGCUAAAGCGGAUCUGAUUGAAUAGAGCCCUAAGUGUUAGAUGUGAGACACAAAAAUUUCAAAAAAUUCGUAAAGAUUAUUCCUGGAGGACCAAGUGUUUCCCAAAACCCAUGGAACUCAUCCUGACACGGGAAACAGAGAGGGAAUCCUGACUGUUGAAGCAUCUUAUGGAAUUAUUUUUUUUCUGUUGCUUCAAGGAUUCGUCUUGGGUUAAAAAAACUGAAAGAAACAAACAAAAUAACACAACGUACUAUUACAUCAACAAGUAAUGCAUCAUAUUACGAACCACCAGAGAGAGAAAUGGAGGCACACAGAAUGGCUUAAAACUUGAUGCACAUUGUAAAGAGACAUUUCUGUUCCACAAUCAAACUACACAGAGACAUCUAUCCAUUGAAAAAGAAGACACCAGUGCUUGGUCCACUAUGAAAAAAAUACCCCGUUUCCUGUCGCAACGUUCAUCAUUUAAAGAAUUGGGGGGGAAAGGGGGAAUGUUUAAAGAUAUAUGAAACAAAUAAAACCUAUUGAUUUAGUUUUUUAGUACUUUAUUAUACAGUUGAUAUGUGCUUUAUUUUAAACUGUGUGAAAUUUGAUUUUUUUUUAACAAAACGUAUCACUCGAAAAAGUGAAUCAAACAAAGUAUUUGCGUAAUCGUUCACUUUUCUCUUCCGAGUAUUUUUUUAAGCUGUAGAACUGUUCUAAUGUAUGCACCGUCAUGCAGAGAAAGUCUUUGCUCUUUUAGUUUUUCUUGCAAAUUUUGGGGGUUUGUUUGUCUCAAUAUGUGCAGUCCUGUAUUCACACUACCAAAUGUUGACUUUGUUACAGGGUUUUUUAGUUUUUUCUUAUUUGUCCAAUAUCGGAUACACAAUAACUUACUUACACACUCAUGCGAUAAACUGGGGCUUUGUGGAAUCAACAGGGAUGAGCAAAGUAUGAAGUUGCUGCUACCGAUUAUCUUAGUUCUUCCAUGUUAGAAUGAAGGUAAAAGAUGAGCACCUGAUGGAUAAGAUACAUGAUAUACAUAUUUAUGGUAUAUAGAAGAUGACAGAUAUGAAUGAUAUAUUAAUUAUAAUAUGAUCAUAACCUAUAACAUAUGUAUACUGAAAUAAAGUACAUAUAUAAAACGAA